AUGCGCCGCCCAAGCCCGUCGCGGCUCUUGUUACCAGCCCUCCUCCUCAUAUCAUCUCAUAACCACUUUGGCCUCGCCGCCCCCGUCUCAGUGUAUCAUGACGAGAGAGAUCUUUCUGGCGCGGUGGGGGAUCUGAUCGAUGACUUUGCCGACCUAGUCAACGACACGGCGAGUCUGCUGUCCCAGUUUGUGGCGGUGAUCAAGGAGGUGAAGAACGCCACGAAUGAGAACGACCUCGUUGGUUUGCUGGGCGUCAACGUGACUAGCAGUGAUAAGGGCGAUGACGACGACGAUAAUGCCGCUGGGGUCAAUGCGGAACUUGGAAACGUCGGCUUGUACACAGGCCCAUCCUUCUUCACAGCGCUACGCAACUACAUCAACGGGACGUCGACGAUGGCCGUCCAGGGCGUCCCAUACCCGGCCUCUAUCGGCGGCUUCCUCGCAGGCGGGUCACCGCUCGGCUCGGGCGUGAUGGCAGACCUGGCCAACAAGACGGCCUCCGCCUGUCCAAACUCGAAGAUCAUCAUGGCAGGCUACUCCCAGGGCGCACAGGUCGUCCACAACGCCAUGGAGAAGGUGGCGGCCAUGUCCAACACCACCACUGCCCCGAACAAUGUCAAUGUCGCCUCCCGUGUUUCCAGUGUCGUCCUCUUCGGCGACCCGCGCAACGGCACCGCCGUCGCUGGAGUCGACCAGGCGAGGGUGCUGAGCCUGUGUAACGCGCAGGAUGAUAUCUGUGCCAAGGGCGGCGACAAGAUCACGCUUGACCACCUGACGUAUAAUAGAAAUGCGCCUCAGGCUGCCAUGUUUGUCAUGCAGAAGAGCGCUUUGGGUCUGAUGAGCAACGAUGCGAUGAUGCAGGGUAUGGGCAAUGUGCCGGUUGUGAAGGCUGCUCAGAACCCAGUCUCGCCGUCGGCCAACACUUUGCAAGUGCCCAUGCGGCAGUGGAUCGUCGGCAACCGCAGAGACUUGUACACCUGGGGUCUGUCCGAGUGCAACGUGAUCGCGACCUGGACGGCGGAGGGUAUCACGACUCUCAUGCAUGUGACUGGCGCAGACUACAACACGUGCAUCACAAACCUCGCCAACCACAUCCACAACACCCCCGGCGCAAUCUACGUUAUCGCCGCCGCCGGGCCCGACAACGCCACCCAGAACUGGUUCGUCGACAGCUGGUACACGCCCCUCAAGACGGCCGUGCUGGCCAGCCACGUCCUGACCCCCGCCGACAAGGCCAGGAUCAGGUGGGUCGCCCCGGACUUCAACCUCCUGAGGACGAACGUCGCGGCCGGCCUCAGGGGCACCUUUGCCCUCCUCGAGAACGGCAGGUACGGCCCCAGCAACGCCCCGCCCCGCCCCGCCAGCUCCUCGUCCUCCUCCUCCGGGUCGUCCUUUGGCAACAAGGGCACGCUGUCGGCUGGCCGCCCCAGCCAGAGCCCGCCCAAGGGCGGCUCUCCGGCCGGGCCAUCCAGCUCUGGUUCUGGAAAAGGAGCACCCGCUGGAAAGACUGCCGCUCAUGCCAAGAAGGUCGCCGCCGCUCCUGUCAAGAAGCGUUAA